CGUAAAGGCCAGGAGCCAGCGUUGGCCACAUGUGUUUUACGGACCGCUUUUCCGUGGAAAAAGAUCGCCGAAAAUGCCGUGUUUACGUAAUCUGUGGUAACGUGACGUUAAAAACGGUGCUCUUGAACUCGCUAAGGUUGUGAGAAAAUUUCUCGGCUAAUGUUGAAAGCAAAUCGGGAGGAAAACUUGCGAAUCGUAUAGGAUAUCCGCGAGAAAGAAAAAUUAUUCGUAACAACGAGGUGUAGUUUAGCUGUCUGCUAGCUCUCUUAAUCAUAUUUCGUGCAAGUACGUUCUUUAUCUUGGUGCGUUUUCUCGCUAAAGUUUCGUCCUGGAACAGGUAAAAGAACAUUGUUCGAUAACUCUGUAUAGUGCCGGUGGAUUUUCACUCGUUUCAUGAAAUCGCCGAGUCAGCAUACUCUUAACCACGCAACUUGGAGAUCGCGCCUCGUGCACAUCGUGUUUCAAGUUGUUCGAAUGUAUUCUUUGAAUGCGACAAAUCGCAUUAUAUGAACGCGAGCUUUCGCACGGUUAAUUUGUUCGGUUCCUCGGUCGAAUAUCGAAAAGAUUGUGACACGUGAGAAGGAAGAUAGAUAUUCGGAGGAUAUUUGGUAACGACCGCGUGCGUGCACGCUGCGCCUUCUGGAAAGAGUCGAGCGAUCCGAUCCGAUCCGAUCCGAUCCCUCGUGACGAGUCUUUCGAGUGGGCGUUCUCUGUUGUUUCGUGUUGCCAGAAGGGAUCGACGUCCGUCGUCAUUCGUCGUAUAUAUCGAAAAGUUUUCGUGAAAAAUUGAAUCGUACAAGUUGGUGGCAAACUGCACGAACUCGAAGCAGACAUGCGUUCGGUUCACGGGGUGGAGGAUACCGUAAGGUUGGUGCUUUAAAGCCGCACCGACGCCGACGCCGACGCCGACGCCGACGCGAACGCGGACGCAGCAGAUAUUUUCAAUAUUUUCAUUGUCGUGGGGAAGCUGCUCGGCUGGAUUAAUGUGUCCGAGAGUGCUCGACCUUUCUCGGGACUCCUCGACCGCCUGAGAGGUAGCAACGUCCUGUACAAAUAUUAUUCGAGUUAGAUUCGUCGUGCGUCCGGACCUCGUGUUUUUGUCUUUCGGCGCGUAUCGUUCAAGAUGGCGGCCAAGGUGGCCACCGGCGCUCAGGGAAGUACCGAUAGAGAAGAGGGCCCUGGAGUCUCUUACGCAAGUAUCCUAAACUCGAAGAGCGGAAACGAGAAUCGAGCUUCCAACACCAAGGGUAACAAUAAGGAAAACAUUGGCGGUCAGGUAUCCCAGCAAAUAGUACUCGUCAAGGAUUACGUGUCUUUGCAAAAUUUAACUGGCAAAGGGAAAUGUUAUCAGAGAAGCGCGAGGAGAUUCAAUCCGCACACCAAAUUGGAUAAAUCUUACGAAAACGAAUUGCUACCUUCGAUCGAAACCAAUCGAAAUCAAUCGAUCGCACGAAAGGAUGGAAAGGUCGAGCAACAACAACAACAACAACAAGAUACUCGUCCCGAGAUCGAGCAGGUGAACGGUGAUAUAGGAGGCAACGGAGAAUUUCAGACGGUAGCACCGAAAAGCGCUAGGAGGAAGGAAAAAUUACGGGAACAGCAUAGAGAGCAUAGAGAACGACAUAGGCAUAGAGAUCACAGACAUCCACUACGUGGUCACAGCGAAAGUAACGAGAGAUCCCACAAGGAACGCGAUCGUGGAGAUAGAAUCAAUCUGGAUCAUCUCGGUGGAACUAAAGAAGCCAUAAGAGAUAAAGAAGAUGCUGAGCUCGAGUCGGAAGCUCAAACUCAGCAGCCGAUUAAAUACAUAGAGGCUCCUCUGCCUACCGUCAAUCCUUGGACCAAAAGUAAAGCUACUAUACAAGCAGUGUCUACAAAUUCUAAUGCCAGCGUGCCUUCCGCAAGUCUAACCACUGUUGAAAAACAAAGCGAUAAAGAGAAGAGGGUACUUCAACCGCAACAACAGGAAAUUGUUGAAAAUGGUAUCAAUGGGGGAAAUGAACCAACUAUAAUCACAGCUACGAAAGAUAGAAGAAAAUUGAAUCAAAAGGCGAGCGACUUCUCGGACAUCGGCGAUUGGCCAACCUUGGGUGCUCAAGGAGAGAAGAAAACAACGGUGACAACACAGAAGCAAAAUGGUGUCAUCGAACAAAAUAACGUCAAAGAAGGUAGUGGAACUCUAGAAAACAGAGGAAAGGAGAACAAGGAACAGAAUCACUGCCAAGAUGACAGCGACGACGACCACACGGAUGCCAAUGAAAAGAAAAAGAAAGUGAGUAAACAAAAGUGGGUACCACUGGAAAUUGAUAUAACGAAGAAUCGAAGCAAACGAGAACGUUCUCCAAAAUACCAUAACCAAAGGGAAAAGAACGGGGAAGAAACGGACUCGUACAGAGAUAGAGAGCAUAACAGGACAGGAUACAGUACGAGAGGUGGACGCGGUGGAUGGAGUUACAGAGGGAGAGGAGGACGAGGUGGACGGGGCACGUAUCGCGGUACCUUUAGACACAGGCAUGACCAAGACUAUUCAAAUUACUCGGCAGACUAUAUGCAGAUGAAUAAAUAUGGACAUCUGGAUCCCGCUUAUAUGAUACCUUACAUGGGAACAUUUUAUUUCAGUAAUACAAAUUACAUUAACGUAGACACAACGACGCUCAAGGAAUAUAUAAGAAAUCAGAUAGAAUAUUACUUUAGCGAGGAGAAUCUUUUAAGAGACUUUUUCCUGCGUCGCAAAAUGGAUGGACAAGGCUUUUUACCCAUUACUUUGAUUGCUUCCUUUCGUCGUGUACAAAUUUUAACGACAGACGUGGCUCUUGUUAUCGAAGCAAUUAUGGAAUCUGACAAACUAGAAUUGGUGGAUGGAUUGAAGGUAAGAACGAAAACAGAUCCCUUAAAGUGGCCCAUCUUGGACGCAGCUGGAAAUCCUAUCUUUUCGGAGUCGUCCGAUACUUCGAAUCCGACACAAAACGAAGUAAUACUUUCCACGUCCGAAUCCGACUUUUGUCCCGUUGCUAGACCCUUACCAACGAUUCCUAUUCCCCCAGUUCCACGUAUUCUUCAAUCCAACCAGAUUAUCUCGACGGUAGGAAGGGUCAGCGAAUCGGAAAGUAUAUCCUCGUCGAUAGGCGACAGUUUAAAUCCUGAUGUACCAGAGUUCGUACCGAACGAAUUGACGAGCAAAAACACCGAACCUAUCCUACCUGACAGCAAACAACAAAUAUGCCAAACAACAAACGAGGAACGCGAGAAAUCGUGUAACCCGAAAAGCAUUCCAGCACUAUCGGCUAAUAAUUCGGCAACGUCUCUCUACGGCAAUGCAUCUUUCAAGCCAGAUGGUAAAACGUCCCCAACGGCCAUGUGCUCGAAUUCAAGUCGACCGAUACAGGUACAAAUCAACGGCGAGUCGCAAUUGACGAGCGAUAACGUUUGGAAAGAGGUAAGACGAAGAGUAAAACCGUCGCACAAGGAGAAGAACGAAGAAAGAGAGAAAAACGUUAAAAACGAAGAAAGAGAGGAGCUAGACUUUCAAUUCGACGAGGAACUCGAUACGCCACCCCCAACCGGCCGACACAAUGCUUUUUCAGAAUGGUCCGAAGACGAAGAAGAUUACGAAUUGUCAGACAAGGAUUUAAAUAAACUUUUAAUCUUCACGCAAACAACAGUGCCUAUCUCGACGACACGAAUUCCAAAACACGAGGGUCACGAUCGAACCGGCGAUUGGACAACCAGAGUGAAAAUGACCCAGGUUCUCGAACAAGCAAUCAACGAUGGAUUGUAUUACUACGAGGAAGACAUAUGGACGAAAGAUGGUCAAAGAUACGGAUCUUGUUCGUCGAUCGGAAGUUACAAAACGGUUAAUGUGAUUAGUCAGGAAGAUUUUGAAAAAAUGGCACCUAAAGCACCUAAGAAAACUAAUCCGGAAGUUCCUCCUCCACCUCCAUCCGCGAUAGAAGACAUGGAGGUGUCACAAUCGCUCCCAACGCAGGUGCCAAUAGCUAUGGAUAGUCAAGAGAAAAGGGAUCGUCGAACAGAUAGAAAUCGGUGGAAUGAUAAACCGGGACGAAGUAGAAGCGGUAGAAGAGCGGUAGUUCCUCGUUUCUUUGCUGUAGUAAAAGACGAACCUUCGGUUGAUCCUAGAACUCCGCGGAAAAGAAAAACUCGGCAUAGCAAUAAUCCGCCCGUUGAACAUCACGUCGGUUGGAUCAUGGAUGUUCGAGAGCAUCGACCGCGUACAUAUUCUACAGGAAGUAGCGCAGGAACGAGUCCUAACGAAGGUUACCUCGCGAGUAGUUACGGAAGCGCGCCGCAAUCGGUGCCUACCUUUCAGCAUCCGAGUCACGCUCUUUUGAAAGAGAAUGGUUUUACUCAACAAGUUUACCACAAGUAUCAUUCGCGGUGCCUAAAAGAACGCAAGAGACUUGGAAUUGGACAAUCACAAGAAAUGAAUACGCUCUUUCGUUUCUGGUCGUUCUUUCUACGGGAGAAUUUCAAUCGUACCAUGUACGAGGAAUUUAGAACUAUAGCCAAAGAAGAUGCCUGCGAAGGCUACCGAUACGGUCUCGAGUGCCUUUUCAGAUUCUACAGUUACGGUUUAGAGAAGAGAUUCAGGCAUCAACUUUAUAAAGAUUUUCAAGUCGAAACGAUACAAGAUUACGAAAGCGGUCAGUUGUAUGGGCUAGAAAAGUUCUGGGCGUUCUUAAAGUAUUACAAACAGGCUGAUCAACUUCAAGUGGACUCGAAAUUGCAGGAGUAUUUGUCCAAAUUUAAGAGCAUCGAAGAUUUCAGGGUUGUCGAACCGCAAAUAAACGAAAUGCUCCAAGGAUUUGCUGCAAAUUUGCGAUCUCAGGCGUCGAAGAGGCGUAACAGAAGCGUCUCCGAAAGCGCGGGCGGUGGCAACGCUUCGCCAACGAGCAGAGUUCGUCGAUUGUCCGGCGGUUCCAGCACCGUGACACUGCCAACUUCUAAUUCCGAGAACAAUUCUGCCGCACAAAAGUCUCGCGUGGAUGCGGUGAAUCUUACCCAAUUUCGAAACAGAGCCGGUUCGUUCGGCUCUGGGCGAUUGGGUCAUUCCAGAAGACGAAACGACGUUCCCUCGUGUUCAUCGAGUAGUCAGCGAGACCUUAGUAAACAGCAACCGCGUAGCAGACAGAAUUCUGGCUCGUUCGCGAGACCUCAGGAAACGAGCAAACUACAAAACACCGUCAGGGAUCGACUGCAGCCGACAGCCGGCAAGUCUGAGCAGACCAAGUUGGUAGCAGCCAAGACCGAGACCACCACCCCCAUUUCCCAAAAGUGAUGGGCUUAAAAAGGGAAGGGUAAGUGCACCUAGAGGCACUUGCUCGAUUGCCAAAACGAAUAAGUGCGUUGCGCCCUCCUUGGAAUAGGAUACUUGUUCUAACGAAGAGAACGUCUCGUUUGAAUAACACUACAUAUGCAGGAGUACACGGGAUGUGUACCAGAGUAUAAGAGGACAAGCACAAUACUCUCUCUCUCUCUCUCUCUCUCUCUCUCUCUCUCUCUCUCUCUCUCUCUCUCUCUCUCUCUCUCUCUCUCUCUCUCUCUCUCUCUCUGUGUGUGUGUGUGUGUGUGUGUGUGUGUGUGUGUGUGUGUGUGUGUGUGUG